CGAACAUUGAAUUAAAAUCAUAUCAUCUUGAAGAGAUCUGUUGUAAUCAAUAAUAUACAUCAAUUAGAAUUAAAGAUGGGGACAUUUGGUGGACAUGCAUUACCUGGAAGUUUUUUUAUUCUUUAUGGUUUAUGGUCUAUUUGGCAUAUAUUAGAGAAAUUUUAUCGACGAAAAAGUUAUGAAUUAAAUAAAUCGAAUGAACCAACUUCUGAAUAUACAUGUAGAAUAUCUUAUCCAAUUGAAAGAAAACAACAUACUGAAAAUGAUAGAAAGAAGUGUUUUUCUUGUUGUAAAAAAUCAUUUCCAUUGGAUUCAUUAGCUAAAUUAGUGCUUUGUAUUAUUGGAAUAAUAGGAGAAGUGAUUACAGGAUUUAGUAAUGAUUGGAUAUUUGUACAUAUUGGUAAUGCGCAACAUUCUACAAUGUUCUCAUUAUUUGGAUUAAGUGGAGCUAUUGAAUUGUGUAUAUUUUAUGGGAUUUUUAAAAUUCCACUUCAAUCAGAAUAUCUUUUUCAUGGAAUAGCACUAUGGGGAGAAUUAUUUCUAUUCCUAUUUCAUUUACACCAUAGAAAUCCACUAGAUGUUUACCUACAUCUAUUAUUAACUGGUAUGAUUAUAUUAGGGAUUCUAGUAUCAGUUGUUGAAUUAUUAAAUCCACACGAACCUAUUUAUGGUUUAAUACGUAGUUGGACUUAUCUUAUGCAAGGCACAUGGUUUUGGCAAGUUGGAGCUAUUCUAUAUCCUAAAACAUCAUGGAUGCCAGAAUGGGAUCAGCAAGCUAAACAAAGUAUACCGGCAGCUGCAAAUUUAUUCGCCUAUCAUAUGUUGGGGAAUUCCGUUGCAAUCAUUCUAAUCUCUAUACCAGUUAUGAUUCGUACAAAAGCUAGUUUGAUGAGUGAUGAAACAAUGAGAACACGUUUAUCAAGAAGAGAAUAUCGUCAACAAGCCCAGGAACAUCAACAAAGUUCACAAUCACUGGAACAACAAAAUUUCACGAUUGACAACAAUUCAGAAGAAAUAGAAUUAUGGAAUUAUAAUCAUAGUACUACAGAGAUUAACGAAGUUAAGCAAAGUGACAGAACCUGUGUUUAAUGAAUAAACCAUAAGGCAUUUGUCAUUACAUCAUUAAGCCAUUAUGUUGAUGCCAAGUAGAUUGAACUGGUAAUAUGUUGAAGCAAUAUGAAAUGUAAUCAAGUUUCAUAAUAUAAAAUUACUCCUUCA